AUGCGUGAACGUAUGUCAACACACGAGAUUGUUCCUUAUGAGCAAUCACACGAUGAUACGAACUUCAUGAAGCAUGGGAAUUCUUCGUACCGUGAUACAGAGCUACAGCUGGAAGGAGGAGUGCGACAGAGUAAAAGAAUAGCAAGUGCUAUUGUCUCACCAGCUUUAUAUCCAUCAACCAUGGAAGAAAACGUUACCAUUCAUAGCAAGGGUGUGGCGCGAUCCUUAACUUUCUCGCCCCAAACAUCAGCUUUUGAGAGUGGUGGUGAGCAUGUUAUUGAAACACUAAGCGGCAUGGAGAUAAAAAUAUCUGACGAAGAUGAGAUGAUGGCAUGCGAGGAUGACUUAUUUGGUGAGGAGCUCAUGGAAUUAGAAGGACAGCCUCAAUCCUCCAUAGCCGAAACAACAUCAAAUACUAAAACAACUAAAAAGGAGACAAAACACUCUCAUGGUGGUUACAUGAGGAAUCCUCCAUUGGGGAUUAGGACAAAGAAACAAGAGUUCCUUCGCCAAGUCUCACCAUGUUUCAAAUAA